AGGUAUACAGUUACGUGGUGUCAUAAUGGACAAAGUAAAUUAUAAAGUCGAUGUCCUGCGAGUUUGUUAGCCAGUCUCGGAUGUACCGCGCGACGAGCCAUUCAAAAGCCCGCUAUCCAAGCGACGCCACCUCUCCCAAAAUAUUUUUUGAAAAACACAAUAUCGGUUUUGGAAUCGACCGCCUAUUGUCAUUCGGUGCACGCAUAGCGUCCUAGGCCGUCCGCCGCGACACGCCACUGACACAUUUCUGCGGUUUCGCGCGCUUUUAGAAUUUAGAACAGUUUUGUUUUUUUUUUCUUUCGGUUGGUGCUACCAAUACUCUUGUGCCAGACACGUGAAAAGAAAAUUGUGAUUCUACAAUAAUAAUCUAAUUGGAUUUAUUGCGAUGGAGAUCAGAAGAUAUAAACGCAGCGGCGGCUCUUUUCUCACAUACUGGAUAUGUUUAUUACAAAUGUUAGGCAGUGCCCGUCAUGGUGCGGAGGGUCACGGCAGACUGAUGGACCCUCCAGCACGAAACUCCAUGUGGCGGUUUGGUUUCCCCAAUCCUGUGAAUUAUAACGACAAUGAACUCUUCUGCGGCGGGUAUGCCGUUCAGUGGGAGCAGAACGGCGGGCGGUGUGGUGUGUGCGGGGACGCGGUGCACCUGUCCGAACCGCGACCGCACGAGGCUGGCGGCAUGUUCGGGAAAGGCAUCAUCACACGACAUUACAGCGUUGGGCAGGAAAUCGAAGUUGAAAUAGAGCUGACGGCCAAUCACCUCGGCACUUUCAUAAUGAAGUUGUGUCCGAACAACAAUCCCAAACAAGAAGCCACUCAAGAAUGUUUCGACAGAUACCCUCUUUACAUAUCUGGUACGCGUGAGGACCGCUUCCUGAUCCCGCUGGACACCGCCAAGAAGGAUACGUUUCGGUACCGCGUGCGACUACCGCCAUACGUCACCUGCACACAAUGCGUACUGCAAUGGACUUACCAUACUGGUAACAUGUGGGGUAUCUGUCCAAACGGCACGGAGGCGGUAGGAUGCGGUCGUUCGGAGACGUUCAGGAACUGUGCCGACGUGAGCGUCAUCACUAGCACUGGUGGUCUUCCUCCUGCCUUCGCCGGGGAUCUGAGGAGAGACAAUCCCUUCCUCCUCUACUACAGAGACUAUCACAUGCCGCAGAAUGUCUUCCCCUUGGUAGUCAGAAAUUUACGAAAGGAUUACAAAAAGGCACCGUUACGUGUAAUUAGCAACGAUAUUGAGAGUUCUACGGAGGAGGACUUAUACAUAGGUCCACUCGUUAUUAGAGACCAAGUGUGCGUACCAUCUGAAGGUUUCCGCGUCAUCCCCGGCAUGUUGAACUGGUGUCAAACGAACUGUCUCCGGUACCCCCCCAACUGUCCUGACUCCCUAUGCCAUUGCCCGCAAGUAUGUGAAGCGAUAGGAGACCUGGAGGGCCGUGACGGAGCCGACGUGUACUGCAUGGACCUUUGCAUCGUUUACCCUCCGAAGUGCCCCAAGCAUAGAUGUCGCUGCUACUAGACUCGAAACGCGUUGUCUAUGUGCCACAGACUAUGUGUUAAAAUGUUACCAUUACAAAAAAUAUUUGAACUAAAAAUUAUAAUAUUGUCUGUCACGUAGUCUGUAACGCAUGGAAUGUUGAAAUAAAUUUAACAAAAAAUCUUUUGGAAAU